AUAUUAUCUAUGAACAUCUAAUUAAUUCUCUAAAGAACAGAUCAAUCCAGUUUAAAUGUUCAAGAGGUCAACAUCACAAUGUUUUCUGUCAGCUUAAACGUCAGCGAGGCUGGAAAAGAGGAACUGUGCACGCCGGAUUCUCUGAUUGUUACCUACAUGGACGAUAAAAAUAUUAUGGAUGAAGCCCUGGAGAAGAUCGAUUUUGAAAAAUCUGUCGACAACUGCAAAUGCGGAGAACACAAAAUUUCGCUGAUUUUUAAGGAUUUUACACUUUACCAGAACUACACAUGCAUGAACUGUCCAAGAAAUGAUGAGCAACAGCACAAUGCGUCCAGCGUAACUAUAACAAUCUUUCUAAUUUUGGCCUUGCUCACUGCUCUCGGAGUCGGGGUGUAUUAUAAAAGGAGGAGAAAUCAGGCGCCGACCAACGCGGACAUGUCAAGUGCCGAAAUAUUUCCUCUAUCGGCCAUAAGUCAAGGCGACAGUGCGAGUAUCGAAAGACCAAUCAUGUCAAAUACGCAACAAAUAGAACAAUAUUUGCUCUCGGCCCUGGCUAACAACGUCCUAAUGGAGCAAUUAUUCGAUAAAUAUCCUCGCGGCCAGACUCAGUACUGGGAUUACGGCGUCAAACCGGAAAAUAAGAAAAAGAAUCGUUACGGUAAUUUGGCCGCGUACGACUCCUCCCGAGUGAAACUGGAGCUUCUGCCUGGAGAUGAAAACUCCGACUACAUCAACGCCAACUACAUCGAUGGAUUUGAACGCCCGAAGGCAUACAUCGCAACGCAAGGACCGAGAGUGAACACUCUUGACGACUUCUGGAGAAUGGUGUGGCAGGAGAAAGUUCCGUUAAUUGUGAUGGUGACAAAUCUACUGGAGGGUGGCAAGAACAAGUGUGAGAAAUACUGGCCCGACAACAACCAGGAAGUGACGCACGGCAGAAUCACUGUUCGCACCGUCGACAAGGAAGUAAACGCCGACUACGUCUCCAGGGUCCUUUCUGUUUCGUGCAACAAUUCAAACAGACUUGUUCAGCACUUGCAUUACACGGUGUGGCCUGACCACGGCGUGCCACUUUAUCCGCAGUCCAUGGCGGUUUUCGUCGAGAAAAUAGCAGAAAAAAAUUACGCACACCCCAUUUUGGUGCACUGCAGUGCUGGAGUUGGAAGGACUGGCACGGUGAUUUUGAUCGAUGCUUGUCUCCGAAUGAUUCGCACGCACGGCCGUCUUGAUGUUGAAAAUAUUUUCGCCACGAUGCGGUCCCAAAGAGCGAAUUUAGUCGAUAAUUUGAAACAAUUCGAGUUUGCCCACUUGGUGCUCUUGGAGUGCGUCGCCAACCCGAAUUUUGAGAUCAGCUGUGCCAAUUUUACUGUGGAAUACAAUAAAUUGACGUCAAAAAACAAUGAAAAGUUGAAGGAGAGCUAUGAAAAACUCUCGGAAAUCUGCGAGAGAGAUUUUCAGAGAACGGAAACACCGGCUAAAAAUGAAACGGACAAGUGCAGAUACCCCAACGUCAUUUCCACAUCAAACAGCAUCGUGCGUCUCUUCCCUUACCAGAAUGUGGUGACAAUGAGUUUCGUCAACGCCGUCACCGUCGACGGAUACAAGAAACCGAAACAAUUUAUCGCCACUCAAGUUCCAAUGAAAAACACGGUGGCGGACUUUUGGAGGAUGGUCGACCAGUUCAACGUCAGUGAAAUCGUCGUCCUAAACGAACCGCACAUUACAGAAGCUCAAUUUCUACCAACAAAUCAAUCCAGGCUUAUCUUUGGGGAAAUUGAGGUGUUUUUGGAUGACGUUCAAGAAUACCACUCCGUGAAGACUACGGAUGUCACACUCAAAAAAAAAGCGAAAUCCAAAAAAAUGAGCGUAAAAUGCGCCUCAUUCGGGUGGAUGCCGGGCGAUUUGUCUCCCCCUAACUUGGGACCGCUAAUCGAUCUGUGGGACAACUUGAAAAUCGCCGGUGAAAAAGAGUGCAUCGCUAUUGUCUGCCAUGAUGGAGUGACGGCCAGCGGGCUUUUCCUCGGCAUGGGUUUCGUGAUCGAAAAAAUCAAGUUGGAGCAAAAGGUGGACGUCGGACUGGCGGUGCGAACCCUGAAGAAGUCGAGGCCGGCCUUUGUUUCCUCCGAGAUCCAGUUCGGACUUCUCUAUGAAGCUGCCAAACACUACUUGUGCUCUUUUGACACCUAUGGAAACUUCAAAUGAGCGAAUUUAUCUUCCCACAACUUUAAUCACUAUAUAUCAAGUAAAAUUCUAGUUGAUCUUAAUUUAGGUAAAUAAUAAUAAAUUGCAUGAACAAUAAAAGUUACAAAUCCAGCUGAUAAAGGAGAAAAUUUUCAGCUGGUAAUAAAGCAAUAAUAUAUAAUUCAAGUAAAAUUUGAGGAAAAAUAAGGAAUUAAGAAAAUAAUUACUCAUGAAUAGUUUUAGUGCUAAAAAAUAAUGGAAGAUUAUGUCUUUGAGAAUAAUUUUUAUCUUAAGACCGCCUACUACAUGUGAGGGAGAGAAAAUUCUCCCUAAAAAUCGCUUCUCGCUUCUUAUCACAAUAUUAUUAGUGUUUAAUGGUCUCUUUGUGAGCCCAUGUGAAAAACAUUAAAUGCAACAUAAUACUAAAGGA